GUCUGCAAACCGCCAAUAAACACCAAAGAAGAAGAAGAAUGACGUCAUGGCCAAGAUGGCGGUCUCCUUGGUGGAGAGUGGAGAAGAUGCAUUUAGAAAGAUAUUUAAGUUUUACAAGAGAAGAAACCCUCCGCCGGAUUACAGCGAGGUCGUUGACUUCUCCAGAGGUGGACCGAGUGACAAGAUAGUUCCAGCUGUACUGGACCCUUGUGCAGUGAGUGAUGUGGAGGCUGCCAGCGUUGGAUUACAGCCCGUCAGAGACUGGAGAGCCUGCGGCCUGCAGGGCUACCCAGGGUUCAUCUUCAUCUCUAACCCGUUCCUGCUGGGCUCCCAGCCCUUCUGGGUCAGACAGUGUCUAAAGAACUACCCUCAGAAGCCCAAUGUCUGCAACCUGGACAUGCACAUGUCUCCCUCUGACACCCAGGACAUCUGGGGCAAGAGUGUUCAUGGCCUCAGCUGUCCUCCCUCUGGACAGAGACAACCAAAGACUCUCCUUGACAGGCUGCGCUGGGUCACUCUGGGAUAUCAUUACAACUGGGACACCAAGACUUACUCUGCCGACCGUUACACUCCUUUCCCAGCUGAUGUCCACUUGCUGUCCUCGCAUAUAACCGCUGCCUGCGGGUUCCCGGGGUUCAACGCAGAGGCUGGAAUCCUCAACUUCUACAAAUCAGAUUCAUCUCUGGGAAUCCAUGUGGAUGAAUCAGAACUAGAUCACAGCCGACCGCUGCUGUCAUUCAGUUUUGGGCAGUCAGCCAUCUUCCUCCUGGGAGGCCUCCACAGACAGGACCCCCCCACCGCUAUGUACAUGCACAGCGGAGACGUGAUGGUGAUGUCGGGACAGAGCCGCCUCCUUUACCACGCCGUCCCACGCAUCCUUUCAGCACCUCGGGGACACGGAGCUUUAGAGACAGACGGCUGCUGCCGCCCGGCCUCGUCCCUGCAGGACAGCACCGUGGUGGAGCUGGUGUCGGAGGAGGACUGGGCCGUGUGCUCCAGGUACAUCCAGAGCUCCAGAGUGAAUGUGACUGUCAGACAGGUGCUGGGGCCCGGGCAGAGCUUCCCACAAACACCUUCUUCUCACCAAAGGACUGCUGCAGACCAGACAGUGGGGUACCACGACAAAGCAGCAGACGGAGAGAGAGCGAAGAGGAAGAGGAGUGGUAGCUGUGACUCUGAUGAUACUGUAGAGACAUGACACAAGACCACCUGCCGGAACACUCACUUAACAAACUGUCUGUUUACGUCCUCACAUGCAGCCAGUGAAAUGAUGACUGAUGAGUCAGUCAAAUGUUUAACUGCUGAGGGUCAGACUGAAGGAAAACAGAGGCACGAGAUGGCCGUGGUCAAUCAGAGCAACAACAGGAAGAUACAAAGACACUUCGCCUAUCUAUUGAUUACAAAGACUAUAUGUUAUAUGAUACAGUUAUUACAUUUGGAAUUAUUGGACUAUUUAUGAAAACGGAUACUUUUGCACUGACAUUAAAGCUGAGUGUCUAAAUCCAAA